AUGUCGGAAGCAGAUCUUCUUCAACCCGAUAACAUUGUUCGAGAUCGAUGGAAAGUCAUAAAUAAAAUAGGUGGUGGUGGUUUUGGUCAGAUCUAUGAAGCAUAUGAUCUUGUCAUUAAAGAGAAUGUCGCACUUAAAUUAGAAUCGGCUAAACAGCCAAAACAAGUACUUAAAAUGGAAGUAACAGUUUUACGUCGUUUACAAGGCAAAGAUCAUGUAUGUAAAUUUCUUGGUGGUGGAACAAAUGAAUUUUAUAAUUAUGUUGUUAUGACAUUACAAGGAAAAAAUUUAGCUGAAUUACGUCGUAGUCAAACACGACAAUGUUUUACUUUAUCAACAUCAUUACGUAUUAGUUUACAAAUUCUUCAAGCUAUUGAAUAUAUACAUUCAAUUGGUUUUCUUCAUCGUGAUGUAAAACCAUCAAAUUUUUCAAUGGGACGUUUACCAACAACAUGUCGAAAAGUUUUUAUGUUAGAUUUUGGUCUUGCUAGAAAAUAUACUAAUGCUGAAGGUGGUGUUCGAGCUGCACGACCACAAGCUGGUUUUCGUGGAACUGUACGAUAUGCUUCAAUGAAUGCACAUAAAAAUAAGGAAAUGGGUCGACAUGAUGAUUUAUGGAGUUUAUUUUAUAUGCUUAUUGAAUUUAUUACAGGACAAUUACCAUGGAGAAGAAUUAAAGAUAAAGAACAAGUUGGACAAAUGAAAGAAAAAUAUGAUCAUAGUAUUUUUUUAAAAAGUCUUCCUUCAGAAUUCAAACAAUUUCUCGAACAUAUACAAAGUUUACGUUAUGAAGAUAAACCUGAUUAUGAUUUAUUACAAAAUAUAUUUCGUAAUUCUAUAACUCGUCGUGGUUAUAAAGACUCAGAUUUAUUCGAUUGGGAAAAAGAAACAAAUGGUAUUCAAGAUGAAACAAAUGUUGUAUCUACUGCACUACCAUCAGCCCCUCCUCUGCAACAACAACAACAACAACAACAACAAAUUUUAUCUAAUAUCAAUAAUAAACUUUCUGCAGAAAUGACAAAAGCAGUUGUAACUACUCAACCAGGUGGUGCAAGUGCAACAAUCAAUACUCGUCAACAAGCAACAGAAAACGAUACACUUGAUGAUCGUUUAAAAUCACCAAAACAAACAAAUGUUACAUCUGAUCAAUCAGUACGUCGUACUAUUCCAAAAAGUCUUGAUCGUAAUACUCGACGAUCAGGUACAUCUGUUCAAGCGACAAGUACAAAUGAUAAAGAUAGUUCUAUUUCAAAAAAACAACAACAACAACAACAGCCACGUACUCCACUUACAACAGCUCAAAUAUCUGAAAUAUCACAACGUUUAAGACGUUCAAAUCAAUCAAAAUCCAUAGCUGGUGAACCAUUAACACCAACAAGUAAAUUAAUUAGUAAAGAAGAUUCACCAGUUAGUGCAUCACAUUCAGAUUCCGUUAAAGCUAAAAAUGCUGUACAAAAUCGAUCUAAUCCAUUAAAAGCAUCUGAUAUACAUAUUCUUGAUGAAUCAGCUUCACCUUUAGUUAUUAUGUCAACAUCAACCGGUGGUACUGAACAUGGUAAACCACCUAAAACACCACGUUCAGGUCGUACAGCAACAAUAACAACAACAAGUCGUAGUGAUGCUAUUGUACCAACACGAACAACAAUGACACGUACAGGUGAUAGUGAAGCUAUGUCAAUACCAGCAGGAACAUUUGCAAUUAAAGCUGGUCCACAAACAAUUCUAUCACAAUGGGUUAUGUCACUUGAUGGAAAUAUUGAUGAAAUAAGUGAUAAUCAACAUAGUGCUAAAUGGGAAGAUGCACAAGAAAAACUUCAAAGUGUAACUCAUGAACCAUCUCAAUAUCAUCCAGCAGCAUCUUCAUUUUCUUCACCUCUUGUGAAUAAUCUAUUAAUUCCGUCCAAUAUGAACAGUCAAUCGAUAACAACAGUUAAUAAUAUUCAAACUCCUAUAGUCUAUGGUAAUGUUUCGAAUAGUAAUAUAAAUGAUAGUCGACAACAACAGUCUCAUCGAUCAUUAUUAAAAAAUAUUGAUGAAAAUUCAACUAAAGGCAUAAUGAACAGUCAUAAUGAAAAAGAGAAUAAACAAAAAGAAUCAAUUAUUCAUAUUCAUGAACAACCAUUAAUUGAAACACUUCCAUUUGAAAAUUAUCGAACAAUUGAUAAUACAGGAAAUAUUUCAUUACUUCGAAAUAAUAAUUAUGUUAAUAUUAAACGAUUAUCAGAUAAUGAUGAUGAUGAUGAAAAUGGACAUGAUGGUGAUGUUGAUGAAGAUGAUGAUGAUCAUGAAAAAUCAAAAAGAAAAAUUCAUGAACAAAAAUAUUUACAACAGAGUAGGCAAACAAAUUUAAACAAUAAUGAUUCUUUUUCUAGAAAUAUAAAUUUAACAAAAUCUACAAAUAUUUCAAUGAAAUCUAAUCCGAAUAAUUCAAUAAUAAUGAUGAUGAUGAUGAUGAAAGAAAAUGAAGAAAAAAAAGAAAUUUUAGAUGAAAAACAAAUAUCAAAUAAUGAAUUUGAUACGAAUAUUGUUUCAUCAAUUAUUCAAACAAAACCAUUAAAUUCAUCAAUUAUAUCUAUUGAUGAACAUCAACAAAAUAAAAUUCGUAAAUAUAAUUUUGUUCCAGCUCGAUUUCAUGGUACACGUUUAAUAACUAAAUCAACUGAACAAAUUAAUCGUUCAUUAAUAAAUGAUAAUAAUAUUUUAAAUUAUUCAAUUCCAUCAACAAAACAAAAUUCAGCAAUAUCAUUACUUAAACAAAAUUUUCUUCAACGAUAUACACCAUUAACAUAUAUACAAAAUUCAAAUCAUAAUGAAAAUGAACCUAAUGAUACUUUACAAGAUAAAAAUAAUAUGGAAUUAAAAAAUGAUCAACAACAUUUUUCAAACGGUGCUCGUAAAUCAUUAUCAACAUUUGAAGUACAUCGUGGUGAUGAUUUUUGUAAAAAAUUAUUAUUUUAUGAAAAUAAUGCUACGUCUAAUAAUAAUAAUGAUAAUUCAUCUCGACGAUCAUUAUUUCAACAAUCAUCAUCUAUUCCGUCCACAAAUAAAUCUUCAAAUGAUGUUUUAAAUAUAUCAACACAACAAAUAUAUCCAAGAUCAAAUCUUUCAACAAAUAUAAAUGAACAAAUACAAUAUAGUAAAUCUUCUAAAGAUUUAUUAGAUCCACCUAUUGCUCAUCCUGUUUAUUAUCAACAACAACCAUUAUCAUUAUAUCCGUCCACAUCUUAUUAUAUAAAUAAUACAAUACCAACUAUAGUUAGUAAUAUGCAUGAUAAUGGACCUAUCGACUAUCAACCAUUAUCAAGUAAUAAUUUUAUUCCUGAUGAUGUAUCGAGUUCAUCAACAGGUCAUUUACCAAAACCACCACCUGGUAUACCUAGUCAAAAUGCAAGACGUCGCCGUUAUCAAGCCGAUAAUAUAAACAAUCGUCAAAAAGAUCAUAAUCCUGAAGGUUCAUCUGAACGUUCGCCAAUGACUUGA